AUGUCUCAAAAUUCAGAGGCAACAUCCUCCGGAAGAAACGUCUCUAAUAAUAAUAAUCAAAAUAAAAGUAAAAAAGAUGAGAUUCGACGCGUUCCUUCGCCAUCGUCGCAUUUUAUUGCUGGAGGAGUUGCAGGGAUGCUUGGAGCAAUUGCUACAGCUCCUUUAGAUGUUGUCAAAACGAGGCUUCAGUCAGACUUCUACAAGGAUCGAGUCCUGAAACAAUCUGGGCCAAAACAUGGACCUCGAGCUAUUUACAGGCAAUUUGUAGAUACUUGCUUAAUUUUAAAUAAUGUCCGAUUACAAGAGGGUGCACGGGCUUUAUUUCGAGGGCUUGGACCCAAUUUGGUAGGAACGAUUCCAGCUCGAUCCAUCAAUUUUUUUUCUUACGGCAACGGAAAACGGAUUAUUGCUGAUCAUUUCAAUGAUGGCAAGGAAUCAUCUCAAGUCCAUUUAGUUUCUGCUGCCAUAGCAGGGGUCAUCACCUCUGCUGCUACCAAUCCAAUAUGGCUAGUGAAAACCAGAUUACAGUUGGAUAAACGAAGCGGACAAACAGCCCGCUAUAAAUCGUCAUUGGAUUGUAUAAUAAAAACGGUUAAAGUGGAAGGAAUCGCAGGUCUAUAUAAAGGUUUAUCAGCGAGCUUACUAGGAGUUGGUGAGAGUACGUUGCAGUGGGUUGUUUACGAAAAAUUCAAGCACACUGUUGCUCUUCGACAACAUCAAAGACGAGAGCUUGGCUAUAAAGAUACUUUAUAUGAUAAAUUUUUGGAUUGGUCCGGUAAACUGGGAGGUGCGGGACUUGCUAAGUUCAUUGCUGCUGCCAUUGCUUAUCCACAUGAAGUUGUUCGUACACGGUUAAGGCAAAGUCCUUCAACAAAUGGGGUACUAAAGUACAAUGGUUUGUUGCAAUGCUUUCAGCUAGUUUGGAAAGAACAGGGUGUUGCAGGCCUAUAUGGCGGGUUAACAGCUCACUUACUUCGAGUUGUCCCUAAUGCCUGUAUACUUUUUGGAAGUUAUGAGGUUAUCAUGCAGUUUAUUGGCUAA